UGACGAUCAUCUGAUUCACUAAAAAGUUUUAUGCAUGUUAGAAUUUUAAUAAUAUCCAGCAAUAUUUUGUGACAUGCUGAAAUGUGGAAAUCUAAAAAUAAAAGGAAAAAUAGGAAAGGUUCUUAUGUGUCGAGGGUGUACCGAGAUUACGAAUUUAUCAGGGACCUAGGUCGUGGAAGCUAUGGUGUCGUUUGGUCUGCCAAAUUAAAAGAAUCGUCUUCAUAUGAAGAGAAAUUUGCUGUUAAGAGGAUUUUUCCCAGGGACGACACUGAAGGAUUCGAUAAUUUGAGACAAACUGAAAACGAACUGGAAGCACUGUCCAAGCUACGCGAAUCGCAACAUCCAAACAUUGUUGAAAUUUAUACCGCCUUAAUUGAAAAACCACCGCUGGGCUGGGUAGAAGACGAAGAUGCACUCUAUGCCAGCUUUCUGACAAGUUCCGAUGGGGAAAUUAAUGUCGACUUGUUAGACUCGUGCACGGGCCCUGACGAUUCAGGGAAAAUAUGUCCCAUCACGAUUGUACAGGAAUUUUGUUCGGGUGGGAGUUUGAAAACUUGGCUGCAGGAUACGCCUCUUGAAAGUAGAGAACCUGAUUUAUUGCUAAAUUUUGCCACACAAAUGGCAGACGGAUUGCGGUUUCUUCAUCACCGAGAAAUCAUCCAUCGGGAUCUCAAACCUGGGAAUAUUUUUCUCCGGCGAUUUAAAGGAGAUCAAGUUGUGCUAAAGCUGGGGGAUUUUGGUUUGUCAAAAUUUGUGGUAAAUCUGUCUGAUGAGACUGGUUUGACAGCAGAUGGACUUGGAACUUCAUUAUAUUUGAGUCCAGAACAGGAAAACAAUCAGCCGUACGGAUUCAAGGUGGACAUUUAUGCAUUAGCUCUAAUUAUCGCAGCUUUAUGUAUUCCAAACCCUGCAAAAUCUGUGCAAUGGCAACUCAAAGAUCAUUUCAAAGGACAAUUAACACAACCUCAUCCAGCACUUGAUCAAAUUCCUGCACCCGUCAGGAGUCUGAUUAGUGAGAUGAUGUCCACCGAUCCAGACAAGCGACCUACCGCGUGCGAACUGCAUUCUAGGCUGAAUGAAAUGUGGCGGGACAAUUUAGAACUCCCGAUUUACAGAUGGGACAAGACAAAUUCACCCGUUAUCUCAGGAAACGUGAAACGAUUCGAGUUACUCGAGCUUUUAAGACUUCAUGAUGAAGGCCAGGAAAAUGUAGUGUUUCUAAGCGGGGAAGCGGGUUCCGGCAAAACGACAUUGGCGGUUCAGUUCUCACAACUAAUUGAAACCAACGGAAUUGGAGAAUCGGUAAUUUGGAUCGACACAAAUUAUCAAUUUCACAUUAAAAACCAACUCGAGUCGCUGGGAUGCCGGGUUCGAGCUAACAUUUACCGCUCCAGUGGACAUCGAGUCGCGAUCGGCGAAAUGAUACAAGAAAUCCAUAAAAGUUUCCGGGGUAAAAAAUGGGUCCUCAUGCUGGACGACUUGGCCCCCUCACCAUAUGCAGACGCGCUACUUCUAUAUUUACUAAAAUUGGUUGGAGUUAAACCAUUUGUAAUUGUGUGUACACGAAGACCCAAUUUUUUCUUAAACGACAUUUUACAACGGCGACAAAACUACGUAGAUAAAGAUUUCGAUGAGGGAUAUAAGAUUGCAAGGAUGAUGCAAAAUGCAUGGCGAGACAUCCCGGAGGAAAUAAAUCCACCCGAAAUUCUUAUCAAGGGGUCCGAAAACAACUUAAUACUGCUCGAAUUUCUCACUGAAUCGUUGCGAGUUCCCAUAACCCGGCUGCACGUCAAACUUGGAGAAUACCUGGAGUGGAACCCGCUUGCCCUGCGACUCGCCACCUGCACCAUUUGUGCCCAUGAUAAGCUCCCAGUAAAUACGAGGGACGCUCUCAUUCAGGACGCGGAAGAAUACAUCGCACUUUUUCUUCAGCUAUGCGAAGAAUUCAGGGAAAAUGGACCCCCACAAUUUCAUCGAUAUGAUAAACAAAUUCCGACCAACUACACGGACUCGUUCUCUCUUAAGGUGGUCUUGCAUCUGACUAUGUGUCAAGUUGAGACAGCUCUAUCGACAAAGCCGGGACUGUUGGACACUUUGAAAGAACUUCAGUUGUACAUGAUUCUAUAUGCGGAUGACAGAAUGGUGCCGGAGCAUCUUUUAAACGAUGAUGGACAAAACACCGCAUGGGAUGUCCUUUCUAUUUACGGCUUGGUACGAGAAUGGACUAACGAUGCGGGAAACAUUAGGCACGCGCAUAUUUGUGGUAAUCACUGUAUUGAUAUAAUGGCCGUCGAAGGGGAGGAAUUUGAUGACGAACUAGAUUACGGAAUUCCACAAGGUGGUUUUGUUAGGUACAAUUAUCCAAGUGUGGAAUAGAUAAUUUAAUCGAAUGGGACUUCCUAAAGAAUUUUCCAGAUGUAGAUAGGUAAAAUACUUUUGAGAAAUACAGAAUUUUGAGUUUCAUCCUUCCCUGCGUUAGGAUGUGCAGGGCUGUUACACCCACAAAAAGACGACAAUCUUCGUGGGGAAGUUAGAUGCCAUCAUAGGAAAAUACAUGAUGUGUGAAGAAAUAAGAUUUUAAUCAAAGUCGAAAAUAAAAUUACUUCACGAUUUUUAAAAUAAAUACAACAUUUUAUAUUUUUAUAGCGUGAAAAAUUAAUUUCCUCAAAAAACCUGCAUUUUCCACUGACAAUUUAUCUUCUCACCUUGAUUUUCAUACCUUUUUGUGGAGGUGGCAGCCAGUGUUUCGGGUGCAAGUAACCACCUGUAGGAAAUAACCACAAGAAAGUGGUUUCUUGCAGCUAUUUUUACCCGCAAGAAAUGCAAGGUGCAAGAAACUCCUUCCCGCCGAUGUAAUUCUUAAGGCGCGUCGCUAGAGGGCGCUGUGUUUCUUGCAUUUCCUGCAGUUUCUUGCACCUUACAUUUCUUGCAUUUCUUGCUUUACAGUGCAAGAAAUUAAGCAAACCCGCAAGAAACGAAACACUGGUGGCAGCCCUGUGAACUCUGGGAAGAACGGAGAUCAAAAUACUCUAUUUUGAAAGAGUAUUUCCCCCUGCCUGAUCUAUAUACAUAUGUAUGAUUGGCGAAGAUAAUCUAAUUCCCUUCAAACACCUUUUGUCGGAAGUUAGUUCUAUAUUACAAUUUAUACCUAAAUGACCCCAUUGUAUAUUUACACAUCCUUCCAAUUACAAAAUAGAACUUAUCAAUUUUAACGGAGUAUGUAAUUAACUAUUAAGAAUGACUACUUUAUUUAAUUUUAUGGUAUUACAAUUAAUAAAACCGGCUAAAACACAA